GAAAGAAGACCCCGCGGAGCGCGCGAUCGUCACAAAUUAUAUAAGCUACGUCGAGACGAACUUUAGAUCAGUUUUGUUCACUGAUUUGACAACUGAUCAUCAUAAGGAUGGAACCAAUAACCGUUCAAUCAAUCACGUUUUUUCCUCGUGAAAACGCAAAGGAAAAUUACACGGACGAAUACGAUCUAGUAACCAAGACCGAAACUCCCACCGCUAUCUUUCGUAGAGGACAAACUAUUCACUUUGACAUCAAAUUCGAUCGACCCUUCAACGAGCAAAGAGACACUGUGAGGGUCGGAUUUUCAUUGGGACCAACUCCGAACGUUACAAAGGGAACUCGAGUAAUUCUACCGCUCCUGCACUUGCAGACGGAGUGUCCCAAGGCGAACAGGUGGAGUUUGGGAUUUAGAGGAAAAACUGGGAAUGUGGUCCACUUGCACGCUCACAUUCCGGCGUCUGUACCUGUUGGUAUUUGGAAUUGUUCGGUUCAAACGAAUAUUGCCGGUUCGCGAGAUAAAAGAAGUGACUAUAAGAGCGAUGAAGAAAUCUAUAUCAUAUUCAACCCUUGGUGCCGAGAGGACCCCGUCUACAUGCCCAAAGCAGAAGAUCUAAAUGAGUACAUUCUGAACGAAGUCGGUAAAGUUUGGGUAGGCUCGUUUAAUCAUCCCAAAGGGAAGAAAUGGAUAUUUGGACAGUUUGACGAAAUGGUUCUACCUGCCGCCAUUUUACUGUUGGAAAAGUCGAAUCUGGCCCAUUCCGACCGAGGAUCUCCGGUUUUGGUAGCAAGAGCCAUUUCGGCGAUGAUUAACUCAAACGAUGACGACGGCUUGCUCGUGGGGAAGUGGGACGGAGAUUAUUCCGACGGUACAUCGCCGUUUGAUUGGACUGGGUCGACUGCAAUCCUGGAUGAGUAUCUGAUUCACGGUGGAGUCCCAGUCAAAUACGGGCAGUGUUGGGUUUAUUCGGCUGCAAUUGUAACGGUCUGUCGAACCUUGGGCAUUCCUUGUAGAUCUGUAACGAAUUAUGUUUCGGCGCAUGACACCAAUCGUUCCCUUACAAUUGAUAAAUACUUUGACAUCUUCGGAGAGCUUAUCGAAAACGGGCCGCAAGGAGAUUGCAACGAUUCGUGUUGGAAUUUCCACGUAUGGAACGACGUUUGGAUGGCACGUCCCGAUCUUCCCAGAGGUUAUGGUGGUUGGCAAAUCAUAGAUGGAACGCCUCAGGAGCUUAGCGGCAAUGUAUUUUGCUGCGGACCUGCAUCCGCUGAAGCAGUCAAACGAGGCGAGGUUGGAUUUUUGUACGACACCCCAUUUGUAUUUUCUGAAGUAAACGCAGACGUAUGUCACUAUCAAGAGGAUGACGAAUCUGAAUGGGGAUUUUCGAGAUUAUCCAUAAACCGCUAUCAUGUCGGUCGCAAGAUAUUGACAAAGCAUCCUCAGAAAAAUGACGAUCUGGGUGAUUCGGAUAUAUGGGAUGUUACUGACGUGUAUAAAAACCCGGAGGGAUCUGAAGGAGAGCGACAAGCUGUUGCAAACGCAAUUAGAGGCGUUCCACGAGCUCAAGAGCAUUACAGCGUUCCCCCAAAAACCGCCGAAGACGUGUCGUUUGAUUUGAUUGACAUUGAAUCUGUACCGUUCGGAAAAGAUUUCGACGUAGCAGUCGAUAUCAAAAAUAAUUCUACAGGAGUACGAAACAUCACGGCGGUUUUAACCGCUUCAUCGAUUUACUAUACCGGCACAACUGCCGCACGGCUUAAAGCAGCACGAGCAAAUUUUGCACUAAAACCUGGUCAAAAAGAUUUAAUAAAGUUGCGCGUGCCUUUCUCGGACUACGUCAACAAAUUAGUGGACCACAGCUUGGUCAAGCUGUACGCAAUUGCUAACGUCAAAGAAACCAAGCAAUCGUGGUGCGAGGAAGACGACUUUGUACUUACGAAACCCACGAUGAAGAUCGACGUCAAAGAACGCGGAAGAUUGGGAGAAGAUAUGAACGCGACCUUCAGUUUUACAAAUCCAAUCGACCUCACGCUAACCAACUGCAAGUACACCGUAGAAGGUCAUGGUUUAAUCAGACCGAAAACCGUAGAUUUUCGGGAUGUUAAAGGAAAGGAAACUGUUGUAUUUGCGGAAACCUUGACACCCACUUUGAACAAACAGCGAACACUCGUUGCCAGUUUUUCAUCAAAACAGAUGCAGGGUGUCCAAGGCAGUACCACUAUUAUAGUAGAAUAGAGCACUUCCAGAUGUUAUUUGGACAGCUAAUGUGACUAUUGUUAUGAUUAAACCAUUACGAAAUA